CUCACACAGUCGCACACUCCUCACUCACUUCAUUUUCACAAUUUCUUUCCCCUUUGCUCUGCCUCUUCCAUCCCAACCCUCCUCUGUUCCCUAAAAAAACAGAGCACACAGAAAAACCCCAAAACCAAAAACAAAAAAAAGGGGUAGUAGUAAAUAAUAAUGAAAGAAAAGGUCAUUCCUUCUCAUCCUACUACUCUGCCAAUUCAUUUAUUAUUCCCAAAAGAAAUAUAAAUAUGUUAGAAAAUGGGAGAAUCUCAACAGCCCCUCUUCUUCUCCUCUGCUCUUCUUCCUUCUCUUUGUACGAAAUAACCAACAAUGCUCUAACCCUCUGAACCCUCAAACAGAUCUCACAUAUACAUACAUGCAAUUCCUCAAAAACCCACAAAUAAAAAUUCAUGUAUGUAUGUGUGCGCGUGUUUUUUAGAUUGAAAGAUUCAAUCUUUGACCAUUUUUUUGUUCGGAGGAUAAGGGGAAAAAGAAAACCCCUUUAAUUUUAUUUUUUUUUAGUUCAAUGGCUUCAGAAACUUCCACCCCUGUUGCGAGUGGGGGUAACAUUGAGGUUUUGUCAUGGCUUCGGAAUUUGCCUGUUGCUCCAGAGUACCACCCAACCCUAGCUGAAUUUCAAGAUCCAAUUGCGUAUAUUUUUAAGAUUGAAAAAGAGGCUUCCAAAUAUGGGAUUUGUAAAAUUGUUCCCCCUGUUCCUGCUCAAUCCAAGAAGACCUUCCUUUCUAACCUUAACAAGUCCCUUUUGGCCAGGUCUUCCACUGGUUCACCCACAUUCACCACUAGGCAGCAGCAGAUCGGGUUUUGCCCCAGGAAGCAUCACCCUGUUCAGAAACCCGUUUGGCAGAGCGGGGAGUACUAUACCCUGCCAGAAUUUGAGGCUAAGGCAAAAGGGUUUGAGAAGACUUAUUUGAGAAAGUGUACUAAGAAGAAUUUAACUGCUUUGGAGGUUGAAACCCUUUAUUGGAAAGCUAUUGUGGAUAAGCCCUUCUCGGUUGAGUAUGCUAAUGAUAUGCCUGGCUCAGCAUUUGCUGUGAGGAAGGCUAAGGCUGUGAGAGAGGGAGGUGGGGAGAUCAAUGCAAAUGCGAGUAUUGCUGAAACAGAGUGGAAUAUGAGAGGGGUUUCUAGGGCUAAAGGUUCUUUGUUGAAGUUUAUGAAGGAGGAAAUACCAGGUGUUACUUCACCAAUGGUUUAUGUUGCAAUGAUGUUUAGUUGGUUUGCUUGGCAUGUCGAGGAUCAUGACUUGCAUAGCUUGAAUUACUUGCAUACCGGUUCCGGAAAGACUUGGUAUGGUGUACCUAGAGAUGCUGCCUCUGCCUUUGAGGAGGUGAUCAGGGCACAUGGAUAUGGGGGAGAGAUUAAUCCUCUUGUUACCUUUGCUACCCUCGGGGAGAAGACCACAGUUAUGUCGCCUGAGGUACUUUUUAAUGCUGGUGUCCCUUGCUGCAGGUUGGUUCAAAAUGCUGGGGAGUUUGUUGUCACUUUUCCAAGAGCCUACCACUCGGGUUUUAGUCACGGUGAGCAUCUUGUGAUUUUAUUGUGUAUAUCCUUUGUUCUCACCUAAGAAAUUGGACACUAACAAUAGAAUCUUUAGUUAAGUAUUUGCCUAUAUUUACAUGUGUUUUGAAACAAUAGGAUUUAAUUGUGGCGAGGCUGCCAAUAUUGCUACCCCUGGAUGGUUGACUGUUGCGACCGAGGCAGCAAUUCGUAGGGCCUCCAUUAAUUGUCCUCCAAUGGUUUCCCACUUUCAGUUGUUAUAUGAUUUGGUGCUCUCAUCUUGCUCAAGAAUAGCAAAGAGUGUCCAUAUGGAGCCUCGUAGUUCUAGGCUAAAAGAUAAGCAGAGAGGAGAAGGAGACAUGUUGGUGAAAGAAUUUUUUAUACAGGAUGUCUUGCAAAAUAGCAAUCUACUUCAUGUACUGGCCAAGGGAUCUCCAGUCAUAGUUCUUCCUCAAACCUCGGCAGGCAGUUCUUUUUGCCUGCAAACAAUAAAAAGCUCAUUCGCGAAAGAAGUAGCGAGUCAAAAAGGGGGUCUUGGAGGGACAGGAUCUUAUGCUAUGCGGAAUAAACAUACUCCCCUUAGUCUUGAUAAGAGGCCUCUUUUUUCUGGUAGAGGCCUUGAAACUUCACUAGCUUCUGAGUCCAAAAACAUGGGCAAUGGACAAGAUAGACCAUGGGCUGAUAGAUCAUCGGAUCAAGGGCUUUUUUCAUGUGUAACUUGUGGGAUUUUGUGCUUUGCUUGUGUUGCAAUAGUUCAGCCAACAGAUGUAGCUGCGCGAUACCUGCUAACAGCUGAUUGUAGCCAAUUCAAGGAUUGGGCAGACAAUAGCGACAUAAUCACUGCUAAUAGGGAUGGAGAUUUGCCGAAGUCAGAUUCCUUUCCAGUACGAUGGAUGAAUAAAAGGAACCGAGAUGGACUUUUUGACGUCCCUGUUGAGGCUGCUGGUCCUUUAGAGUCAACAGAUAGUCACAUUCAGGGGCCAUCUUCAAAUGCUGACAUUCAAAAGGGUGCAUCAUCCCUUGGUCUUCUAGCUUUGGCAUAUGGUAAUUCUUCCGAUUCAGAAGAGGAUGAUGGUGAAUCAGUUAUAAGCAAUGAAGCUUGCAAGAACAGACCUGUGGAAUCUUCAGCAGAAAGUGAAUUGGAUUGUUAUGAUAAUGUUGAAAACCUGGGUGGCAGAUCUACGUCCUAUUUAGAGGUAAAUGUCACAGAUGAAGUGCCUCUUCAAGUUACUUGUUCAGAUCAAGGCAACCCAGAAAGUAGAACACAUGGAUAUCUGGAUGGUUCUUUUGAGCAUGACUCGUGUAGGUUUUUUACAACGAUGGAUUCUGGUAACUUAACAGAUAGAUCUAGACAUCAGAUAGAAUCACUAGAUGCAUCCCCAAACUUUUCCCCCAUUGCGCCGAAAGCUGAACAUGCCAUGACCACAACCUUAGAACAUUUUCGAAACAAACAGUUUCCUCGUACCACGAGACCUGAUGAAGAUUCUUCAAGAAUGCAUGUUUUUUGUCUUCAGCAUGCUGUACAGGUUGAGAAGCUGCUUCGGUCCAUUGGUGGGGCUCAUGUCUUACUCCUUUGUCAUCCAGACUAUCCCAAGGUGGAGGAUCAUGCUAAAAAGAUGGCUGAAGAAUCUGGAAAUGAUUAUGCUUGGAGUGCUAACUCAUACAGAGAAGCAUCUCAAGAUGAUGAAGAAAUAAUUCAGUUAGCUUUACAAAGUGAAGAAGCUUUACAUGGGAAUGGGGAUUGGGCAGUUAAACUAGGCAUGAAUCUCUUCUACAGUGCAAAUCUCAGUCGCUCUCCUCUCUACUGUAAACAAAUGCCAUACAACUAUGUCAUAUACACGGCAUUUGGAAGAAAUUCUUCCACGAGUGACCUAACAACUGGCGACCCCCUUGGGAGAGGGCAAGGCAGGCAGAGAAAGAUCCUGGUUGCUGGAAAGUGGUGUGGAAAAGUAUGGAUGUCGAAUCAGGUUCAUCCUUUGCUUGUUAAAAGAGAUCUAGAGGAAGAGCAGCCAAGGAACAUCCCUUCCCACAUGAAACCUGCUUUGAAAUCUGUUUUGAAGUCCAAUAAGGAAACAGAUGAUAAGCCUGAGAUAUCUUUAAGAAAAAGUCGCAUUCUGCCUGCUGAAACGACCUCCAUUACUGCUAGGCCUGAUAAAUCUUUACGAAAAAGUCGCAUUCCGACUGCUGAAAUGACCUCCAUAAGUAGCAAGACUGGGAAAAAGAGGAAAACCACAGCUGAUAUUAGACCCAAUGUAAAAGCUAAGUCUGCAAAAGUUGAAGAGCAAGGUGAGUCUUUUGAAGAUUCAUCAAUCGGCCUUGCUUUGAUGCUCCGCAAAAGCAACCAGACAAAGAAGCGAACAACUAGGGAGAAUCCUGAGCCACUUGAUCGAGGUGUGAAGAACAGAAAGCAAUUGAAUGUAGAGCCGCUUGAUAGAAGUACUAAGAACAGAAAGCAACUGAAUUUCGAGCCAAUUGAUAGAGGUGUGAAGAACAGAAAUAAAUUGCAUUUAGAGCCGCUCGACAGAGGUGUGAAGAACAGGAAGCAAUUGAAUUUGGAGCCACUUGAUAGAGGUGGGAAGAACAGAAAGCAAUUGAAUUUAGAAUCUGAGGAAGAGGAGGAAGGUGGUGUUAGCAGCCGCCUAAGAAAAAGACCUGAAAAGCCAGUGAAAGAUCAAAAACCUAAAUCAGAUAAGCCCAAACCAGUUGCAAAGAAACCUCAAGCAGGAGCAACGGCAAAGAAAAGUUCUGCAGGAUCUGGCAAAGCAAAGUUAAAGGAAGAAAAGGCAGAGUAUCCAUGCGAACUGGACGGAUGCAGCAUGAGUUUUGGCACAAAGCAAGAGCUUGUGUUACAUAAACGAAAUAUUUGUCCUGUGAAGGGCUGUGGGAAGAAGUUCUUCUCGCACAAGUAUUUGGUACAGCAUCGUCGUGUACACAUGGAUGAUCGUCCAUUGAAGUGCCCCUGGAAAGGCUGCAAGAUGUCAUUUAAGUGGGCAUGGGCUAGAACAGAGCAUAUUCGAGUCCAUACAGGCGAUCGUCCUUAUGUUUGUGAUGAGGCUGGCUGUGGCCAAACAUUCCGAUUUGUGUCAGAUUUCAGUCGUCAUAAGCGCAAGACAGGUCACUGUAUUGCAAAGAGAGGCAGAGGAUGAUUGACCAUUCUUUCUACUUAACAAGGCUGAUGAUAGAACUGUUUUCAGGUGACAGGAAUAGGGGUAGGUCAGAUUUUAACAUCCCCUUGUAAUUCUUUUCUUUCUAGGAUACGUUUAGACUUGCUUUGCUGGGUUCUUGAUUAGGCACCUGAUUUACUUUCAAGUAGGUCAAUUAUUUAUCUUCUUGACAGAUAAUUGAACUCCAAACGGAGAAGAAUUCAUUGUGCCAGAUAUGGUCUCAUUGCAUGUCAGCUGCGCCAGUUACCGUCUGUCAUUUGGCAUAGUUCCCUAAAACAAGAAGAGAAGCUAUGUUUUCGACAGACAGAUAUAACUCAGAAAAAUAUGCAUGAUGGUGUGUGCUGAAGAAUGUUCACAAAUUCAUUUUAGUUUCGUUUUGCAACGAGAGAAUUGUUUGGCAGUAACAUAUCUUAUUACAAGGGUAAACUUUUCUGUGAUCUUAGCGAAAGGGUUUCAAUCUUUCGACUCUCUCCGUCCCAAAAUGAAUUUUUAUUAUAAAAAAAGGUUAGUUUGACUGGAUAUUGUGGUGAAAAAUUGUACUCCCUCUGUUUCAAAAUUAUUAUUCAGUUUAAGAUUUCAUUUUUAGUACAAUUUGAAUUAAAAAUGAAAACUCAAAGUGAAC